AUGACUUCAGCAAUGAGAAUACUGUCAUAUGGAGUGGCAAUAGAUGUAGUUGAUGAUUAUGUACGUAUUGGGGAAAGCACGACAAUUAAAAGUUUGCAAUACUUUUACAAUUCAAUAAUUGAAAUCUUUGGACCCAAAUACCUUAGAUCUCCAACAACAACUGAUAUUGCUAGAUUACUUGUUAUUGGGGAGACAAUCUCUUCUCUCCAAGAAGCAAAGAAGCAACAAUUUGCAAUGAUGCAAGAGUCAACAAGGAAGGAUGUAAAGCGAGCAUUCGGAGUGUUCCAAUCCCGAUUUGCAAUUGUAGGUCGGGCCGUUCAUUUUUGGGAUCCCAAAAUGCUUGGUAACAUAAUGAAGAGUUACGUUAUAUUGCACAAUAUGAUCGUCGAAGAUGAGAGAAAUGAGCCUCUUGAUUUAAAUUAUGAAAUUUUAUCAAUCAACUCACUAGUACUACUUUCGUGUAGCAGUAACAAUGACUUCCAAUCAUUUAUGUCCCGUCAUUUAGGUAUUAGAGAUAAGAAUGCAUAUCAUGCCCUCCGCAAUGAUUUAAUAGAACAUAUGCGGCAUCUUCAUGGUGAAAACUAA